GAGAUUUGACAGGUGGUGCCUAUAUAACCAUAUGUUUUCAUUAACCGAGGGUGAAGGGCAGGACAGUAACAACAGAAUGAGUUGUGACAGUAGCAUGAUUAAAUUUUGACUAGAGGCACUUUAGUUUUACUGUGAAUCAUUUCGUUGUUGUCAUCUUAAGUGUGGUUGAUCGUGCAGUUUCUCAUCAGUGAAGUACAAAUAAGCAGUUUUAAUUUCAAAUUUUUAGACAAUGGAUAUAGCGAAGACAUUGUUUGGAACUCGACCACAUGAGGGCUACCAAGGAAAGGAAGACUAUAAUGAGAAAGUAGAGACAGCAUUGUCUGAAGAUGAUGGUGAGGGAGAGCUGUCCUUUGUGGGAGAGGUGUCUGAAGGUAUCAGUAUAAUGGCUGAGGGAGUGACUCCAACUCCAGGAGGUCCUUUCUCUGCCUUAACACCCUCCAUGUGGCCACAAGAUAUUCUCAGCAAACUUGGACAGCAACCAGAUGAUCCAAAUUCACAGCCAGAUUACAGGUUUGAUGAAUUUGGCUUUCGUGUGGAGGAAGAAGAUGGUCCAGAACAGAGUUCAAAGAAACUAUUAAGCAUUCCAUUUGUAGAGGAUCCACAGCAGAGAUUGCAAUGGGUAGCUCAUUUAGAAUUUAGUCACAAUAAGGAAGUGUGUGAUCUGACAUGGGACAAGGUAGAUGUCACACUUCCCCGAACAGAGAAACUUCGGUCUAUGGUACUUGCUGGUAUACCUCACUCGUUAAGACCACAAAUGUGGAUGAGGUUGUCAGGAGCACUUCAGAAAAAAAUGUCAUCUGAAAUGUCCUACAAAGAUAUUGUAAAAGCAUCAAGUAAUGACGCUCUCAUGACUUCAAAACAAAUCGAGAAAGAUAUACUGAGGACAAUGCCAGCAAAUGUAUGUUUUAGUCACUUAACUAGCACAGGAAUUCCUCGUCUGAGAAGAGUGCUGAGAGGACUUGCGUGGCUGUAUCCUGAUAUAGGCUACUGUCAAGGAACUGGUAUGAUAGUAUCAUCUCUGCUGUUACUGAUGGAGGAAGAAGAUGCAUUUUGGAUGAUGUGUGCUAUUGUUGAAGAUUUGCUUCCAGCCUCGUACUACUCUUCCACACUCAUAGGAAUCCAGGCAGACCAGAGGGUACUUCGUGCCCUCAUUGUGAAUUAUCUACCAGAUGUGGACAUGGCACUUAAGGAACAUGAUAUAGAGCUGAGCCUCAUCACUCUUCAUUGGUUCCUCACACUUUUUGCUUCUGUAGUUCAUAUGAAAAUCCUUCUUCGCAUUUGGGAUGUCUUUUUUCUUGAUGGCUCUCUUGUGCUAUUUCAAAUUACUCUGGGGAUGCUCAAGAGUAAAGAAUCUGAUUUCAAGUUGCUGCAAAACUCGGCACAGGUCUUUAACCUUUUGUCAGAUAUUCCUUCGGGUGUAGACGAUGUUGACAAGCUUCUAGAGGUAUCUUUUAAAGUUGCUGGUUCUCUGAAUGAUGUGGUAAUAGAAACACACAGACGACGACACCUGGCGUAUUUGAUGGCUGAUAGUGGUGCUUUGGUAGGAAAUCCAGAAUCUGCUUCAAAUCUUCCUAAACAGCAUCUCAGCAGGAGACAAAUGAAGAAAUCAAAAUCAAUGAUUCAGUUGCUGCUAUUUGGAGAGGAGACAACAGAGGAAGAUAUCAAAUCAAAAAAUAUUCGUCAAACAGAGAUACUUGUCGAUCUUCGUGAGGCCAUACUACAAGUUGCAAGACAUUUCAUGUCAAUGGAUCCCAAACUAAAUAAAAUUUCUCUUGUACCUGAUUAUACCAUGGAGAGCCACGCAAAAGACCAAGAUAAUUAUGUCAGUGUUUCAAGAAAUCGGAAACGGCGAGCUAAAGCUCUAUUAGACUUUGAACGCCAUGACGACGAUGAGCUUGGAUUUCGGAAGAAUGACAUCAUCAUUAUUAUAAGUCAGAAGGACGAACAUUGUUGGGUUGGUGAACUGAAUGGAUUGAGAGGUUGGUUCCCAGCAAAGUUUGUGGAGCUGCUGGAUGAAAGAAGCAAACAGUACUCAUGUGCAGGAGAUGAUAGUGUAUCGGAGACUGUAACAGAUUUAGUCAGAGGGACACUGUGUCCAGCAAUAAAGCAAGUACUGGAGCAUGGCAUGAAGAGACCAAGUUUUUUAGGUGGCCCUUGUCAUCCAUGGCUAUUCAUUGAAGAGGCAGCUACAAAAGAAGUUGAAAAAGACUUUAAUUCAGUUUACAGUCGCCUUGUACUUUGCAAGACUUAUCGAUUGGAUGAGGAUGGGAAGGUUCUCACUCCUGAAGAGUUACUCUACCGAUGUGUGCAGGCAGUGAAUUUAAGUCACGAUAAUGCACAUGCUCAAAUGGAUGUCAAGCUGCGAAGUCUUAUCUGUUUGGGUCUCAAUGAACAGGUUUUGCAUCUCUGGCUAGAAGUUCUUUGUUCAUGUGUGGAAGUAGUUCAGAAGUGGUAUCAUCCUUGGAGUUUCAUCUACAGUCCUGGAUGGGUGCAGAUCAAAUGUGAAUUGCGUGUUCUUUCACAGUUUGCAUUUAAUUUAAAUCCUGAUUGGGAAAUUCCAGCCAAAAAAGAACAAUCUCAACCUCUUAAAGAUGGUGUACGUGAUAUGUUAGUGAAACAUCAUUUGUUCAGUUGGGACCUCUAGGACACGGACUGUUUAUUUAAUUGGAACAGUUCCAGUUCAAAAUGUUAAAACUUUAGGUGAUUCUGUACAGGGACUCAGUACAAUCGAGUGAUUACUUUUUGUUUCAGAAAGAUGAGUGAGUGUGCUUGUCGAAUAUGAGAGAACUGUAAAAGAAAGAUUUUAACAUUGUAUUGUUACAUAUUUAUUGAAAGUUGUUCAAAAUAGAAUUCAAAAUGUUACCCUUAGUUAAAAAUAAGUUUUACCAUAUUUAAAGUGAAAAAUUAAUUACAGUAUUGCAAUUGAAGAAGCGAUUUCAGUAGUUUUGUGGAGAAAAUUAAGGGAGAAAUGAGUUAACCAGGAAAGUACAGAAUGGUCUAAAGAGGGUACUGAGGCAGCUCUGAGUUGCUUACAAAUCUUUCCAUACAGACAUAUUGACUAAUCAAAUAUAAUUUUUGUGUUUAAAAUAUUAAAUUAAUCUAAUUGACAGACAAUCUGUAUAAAAAUAUUGUCAUUUAAAAGUUUGUGAAACAGUCUGUAAUUGUUUGUUACAACUGUGUACUAAUUGUAUUUAAUUUAGUCAAGGUUUUGUUGCUUAUCUGGAUCUGAAGAGAUGACCAUCACCUUUUUAUAACUUAUCCAGUAAAAUACUGCUAUCCAGUUCACUUUAUUUUUAAUCAAUAAGAUGUCAUCUGCAUGUUGUUGUGCUAAAAUGACAAGUAUUGGUGCUGUUGGGUUACUGCCAGUUUAAUAAGUCAGAAGUGUGUUCAAAAAAUGUAUUAGGUGGUUCAUUUGAUUGGGCUGACAGUAAUUUAGAGGUCAGUUUUAGGAUUCUAACAUUUUACCGUGAAUUCGAUCAGAUUCUUUGGGUUUUCAAGCCAACUUCUUUGUUGUUAGCAGAUUAAAGUUAUUAGAAAUCAAAAUGUCGUGAAUGGCUUUGAUUUGUUACAAAUUAAGAAAGAUUUCCCUUUAGAAUUACCACAAUAUUUAUCACAAAAAUGAACAUACAUGUUUCUUACUGAUUUAUAGUAUUUAUUCCUUAAAAAAAUGAAAAUUGUUACUGUAACACUGCUAUGUGUACUGAAUGACACCCUUGGAAUUCAGUAUCGUUAGCCUCAGUCCGCAAUGAGUGGGAAAGCAGUGUGCUGACCCCAUACCCCUCCAUAAUGCAUCUAAAUGACACCAUAUGGCAGAGGAUGAUACAGUGGCUGGCAUGGUCAUCAAGGCCUGAUUGUAGCAUUAUUUUUUUAUCUUAGAAAGCGUGUAUUAAGUAUUCAGCCACUAAUGAACCCUCUGUCAGAAAAAAGUGAAAUUGUAUUUUUCUUAGAUUUGAUUCAUUGCUGUGUGUAAAGAACAAUUUCCAAUGUACAAAUCUGUUCCUUUCAAUUUGAUGCAGAUACAGAAGUCCCUGUGAAGUUCCAUUCACUGAUGGAAAAAUAUAUAACAACUACUACUCACCGAGAAACUGAACUGUUAGAAAGGAUAUAGUAAGAAGGCUCGAAUAAAUUCAUUCCAGAUGCAGUGCCAUGUCAUCUGCAAAAUAAAUAAAAAUUUGUCUAUUUUCUAAGUGUCUUGCCAGGUUUUCUCCUAAACAUUGAGGAAGAAGACCUGUGCAAAAUUGUUGAAAUAUCACUACUGUCUAACUGUCUUGCACAGUUUUCUUCCAAAUGGUUAAGAAGACCUGUUGAGGUAGUUGAGGCGUCAACACAUAUUUUACUUAGUUUGUAGUAUGAUAUUUCACUGUACACCAGAUGACUGACACUGACUAGAUUUCUUUCCAUUUAUAUCCAGGGGAAGAAAGUAUAGAGUUUAAGGAACUCUGUCAGCUGGUACACAAAAUAAUGAAGCUAUCUGCUUGGUUAUCAAACUGCCAUCCUUACUCAGAGUUUUCAUUAUCAUUUUGUGGAGUUUUAAGUUUUUUUGGAAUAUUAUAGCAUUCUAAUCAACAGCAAUUUCAGAAUAUCAUAAUUAAAUUUUAAAGUCAUUGUUUUUAUUAUCUUUUGGGGGACAAUAAGAAUGGGCCAUGUAAUUCUGUAGGAUGUUAGUAAUGUUAUAAUGAUUAUUGUAACUUUACUGUUGCACACACUGUAUUGUUUUUCAAACAACCUCUGCAAUUUUUGUAUAAAUGUAAAUAUUGGCACUGUUACUUGUCUGUAAGACUGAGUGUUGCUUUGGAAUAA